GUUCUUCCGGUCUCGAGCCACCUUUUUGCUCGCAAUUUCUCAUUUCUUAUCACCGUCCCAUUAAUCAGCAGGGCCUUUUAUUGUCUCCAUGUCGUCAAGGUUUCUCUCUCCAUUUCUUUUUUCACUCCCGUCUUGUCAUUCCGGUUUUUGGUGCUUUUAUCCCACCCGCAACAGUUGCGUCUGUUUCACUGACUCUCUCAUGCAGGCCUAUCUUCAGUAUCGACGCAUCGGCCACGCCGUGCGCAGGCAGCUCGAAGAAGAGUAUCCGGGCUUUUCCCGAGCCGAGAAGACCGACGAAUUGACCGGAGGCGAUGUCACGAGCAACAACGCCCAGCGGCAUCCACCGUACCUUCAGUUGCCCGGAGUGCAGCUGAAAGAGAUUGUCGACGACGAUGGAACCACCUCCUCCGUUCUCCUCGUCGAAUGGGAACAUGACCAUGACCCCAUCAACCCACGCAACUACAGCCGCGGCGCGCGGAUUUCGGCGACCCUGCUCGUGACGGCGCUGGCGUUUGCCGUGGGAUGUGCGUCGUCGAUUGAGUCGGGGGUGAUGCCUCAGAAUGCCGCUGCGUUCCAUGUCAGCGAUGUCGUCGCCUCUCUGGCCACGGGCAUGUACCUGCUUGGGUUCGCCGCUGGCUCCAUGGUGUCUGGCCCUCUGUCCGAGGUCGUUGGCCGCAACGCUGUGUACACGGGGUCUCUGACCCUGUUCAUGAUUUUCAUCAUGGCCUCUGGGCUGGCGCCGAACAUCGGGGCGCAGAUCGUGUUUCGGUUCCUGGCUGGCGUGUUUGGCUGUCCUCCGUUGACCUGCGCUGGAGGGACCAUCGCUGAUCUGUGGAAUCCGUUGGAAAAGACACUCACCUUCCCUCUGUAUGCGAUCCUGUCGUUUGGCGGGCCGGUGCUCGGUCCGGUGAUCGCAUCGUACAUGGGCGAGGGCACGCUCUCCUGGCGGUGGACCAACUGGAUCAUCCUGAUUAUGUCCGGACUCAUUUUUGCAUUGAUCCUUUUGCUGCAGCCGGAAACGUAUGGCCCCAUGCUGCUCAAAUGGAAGGCCCGCCACCUCCGGAACCUCACGGGGGAUCCGCGCUACAAGUCCUCCAUGGAUCUCCAGAAAACCGCGCUGCUCUCCCGAAUCAGCGGCGCAUGCAUCCGACAAUUCAGUCUCACCAUCCACGAGCCCAUCAUCCUGUUGAUCUCCCUCUACAUGACCGUGAUCUACAUCGUGCUGUUCACCUUCUUUGAUGGGUACACCUACAUCUUCUCCGACAUCCACGGCCUCUCGCAGGGCCUCACCAACAUCGUCUGGGUCGCGAUGUACGUCGGGAUCGUCCUCGCGGGGUUAUUCGUGCCGCUCAUCUACCGCUGGACGAAGCGAGAGUUUAAACAAGCCGCUCUUGCCUCUUCGUCGCCAUCAUCUUCUGACACCGACGAACCAGUCGACCCCAACCCGAACAACCCGCACGAGCCGCAGCAGCCCCAAGCCACCGCCGACGAGAAGCCUCACCACCACCAUCACGCCCCGCGCCCCGAAAACCGGCUCUGGUUCGCCAUGAUCGGCAGCCCGUUCAUCCCCGUCAGCCUCUUCUGGAUGGGCUGGACCUCGUACGCCAGCGUGUCGGUGUGGUCGCCCAUCGUAGCCUCGGCCGUAUUCGGCUUCGGUACCAUCACCGUCUUCAUCUCCUCGUACAUGUACGUCAUCGACGCGUACGACAUCUACGCCGCGUCGGCGCUGGGCUUCAUGACGGUCUCGCGCUACUGUGCCGCCGGCGGGAUGACCGUCGUGGGCGUGCCGUUCUACCAGAACAUGGGCGUGCAUUGGACGCUGACGAUCCUGGGGGCCAUCAGUGCGCUCAUGGUGCCCGUGCCGUAUGGGUUCUAUCGGUGGGGGGUGAAGAUCCGUGGGUGGAGUCGGUUUGCGGUUUAGACGGCAGAGAAGGGAGGAUGCUGUUGGUAGGUAGUUUGUUGUGAAAGGGAUCUGCAGUGUGGUGUGUCUUUGGGAGGGAUGGUUCAGAUUGGUGGGAAAUGGUGUGGUUGGCUGAGGUGCGGUUCUCGAUUGUCCCGUUUGCUUCUCUUCGGUGCCACGACUCUUGCCAUUCCCUCUUUCGGUUUUUACUCUUCACGCUUGGUUUAUCCAUGCGUUGUCCUUCUCGGGGAAGAGGUGGUUUGAUACUGGCGGGGUACAUCAAAAGCGAUAUAUUGGUUGGAUACUUGGAAACUUAGAUUGAUAGAUUGAUGGAUUGGUACACAUAUAGAUAGAUGGCAUAAUGUAAUCAGAAGGGAUUUGAAUAUACCCUCCCUUUUACUCUGAAG